AUGCUAGCACGCACUCCAAGGACCCUCGCGACGCCCUCAGCGUGGCGUAUCAUCGCCCGCGCGCACUCGUCGCACGCUGCUCCCCCUUCCUUCGCCCCCUCGGGCGUCACGUCCGCCGACACCGAGAUCCCGUACGGCGAUCCUGCGUGCGCUUCAUCUGCCUACUUGCCGCAGAAGGCCGGCGCACGGACGCGGACAGAGGAGGAGAAGCGCGCGGUGACGGAGACGCCCGAGUUGACGCCUCAGCAGCGAGACGUCCUCGAGAAGAUCAUCCGGGUGGACCAGGCGGGCGAGCUGGGCGCCAACUACAUCUACUACGGUCAGAAGGCGGUGUUUGCGGCGGGAUCGGACAAGCGGACGACGGGAAUCGUACAGGCCAUGUGGGACGGCGAGAAGAAGCACAUUGCGGCGUUCGACAAGCUCAUUACGCAGCACAACGUCCGACCAACGGCGCUGUACCCGGUGUGGAAGGCCAUGGCGUUCGGUCUCGGUGCAGGAACGGCGUUGAUGGGCAAGAGGGCGGCAAUGGCGUGCACGGAAGCGGUCGAGACUGUCAUUGGCGAGCACUACGACGAGCAACUCAAACAGCUCAAGGUCGACUUCCCCGACCACCCCUCCAUCCCCCUGCUGGAGAAGAUCCUCACCGAGUUCCGCGACGACGAACUCGAGCACCUCGACACGGCCGUCGCGAACGAGUCGCAGCAGGCGCCGGCGUAUGCGCUGUUGAGUGCGGUCAUUGCGGGUGGAUGUCGCUGGGCGAUCAAGACGACGGAGAAGAUCUGA